ACAAAUGUGGUGUACCGACUCAGUGACGCUAAUCCCGAAUACCCGCUGCCACAGGACCUAACACUCUCAAAUGUGACACUGACGUCAGCCACCGUAGCCUGGAUAAUUCCUUCGUUCUUGUUCCAAGAGGAAUACAUCAUAGAGUAUGGAACAGACCCAUUCAACCUAAAUCUGGCAACAGAACCGAUUCCCAGCCCUUCAAACACAUCACUCACCAACGUCAUGUUCAGUACCACACUGUCAGGAUUGGACGAUAGCACAAUAUACUACUUCAGAGUUGCUGCUGCGUACAACGAAGUGUUCAAACGGUACAGCGAAAUAGCUUAUUUCAGAACCAAAGAACAAGAGCAAACGGUUUAUCUUCCAUUCUAUGAGCCAACGGACACUUUUGUCGACAGUGGAGUGCUAGACAGUUGCGAUGACUGUACAUCCCCAGAGAUAUUUCUACCGGAAAAUUUCCCAUUUGGAGGCUAUUACCAUCAAACUGCCUAUGUUGAUACAAAUGGACUCAUUACAUUUGGAAGACAAGUUCUCAGCUCUACACCGGAAACAUUCCCCACAGAAAAUGCCGACAUCUUCUGGAGCUACAUUGUUGCACCUUUCUGGUCGGAUGCAAACACGUCCACCAACGGAAGUGUCUACUGGGAAAUUCACAUCGUGGAACAGUCUGCUGCCAUGCUCAAUCAGGUUUCAAAUCUGGUUCAAAGCCAGUAUCCUGAAUCUCAGUUCAGCGGCACAUGGAUGCUAGUUGCUACAUGGAAAGAUGUGCUGUCUCCAACCCUUACAAUGGGUACUUUCCAAGCGAUCCUUAUUACAGACAGCUUCAAGUCGUAUGCAGUGUUCACAUAUCGCUGUGGAUAUCUUGAAUGGACUUCUCCAGCUACAAUAGGACUGAAUGCACCGUUCGAGAACUAUUACAACCACCCAUUGACUGGAACUAUAAUUGCUCCAGAUGAAAUAGCAUGUGUUCAUGUAACCUCAGAAUGGAAUAAUGUUGUCAUUAAUAUGGAGGAAAAUUCAGUUAUUCUACCUAUGACACCUGAACCAUCGAGUUUCAUUGGGAGCUGUGUUGCUGCUGGUUACACUGAAUGUUGUGAUAAUGGUUGCUCAUCAACUGAUUGCUUCUGUGACGACAUCUGCUUUAUUCUUGAAGACUGUUGCUAUGAUUACACAGAUAUCUGCCAAGACCCAACAUCUCCCGAGUAUGAUUUGGUUGUCGCAAAUGGCAACAGCAUUCUUUUUGUGCACUACGAGGGAGAAAGUUUUGAAACUCUCCGCGUCAAUGAGUCACAAACAGUACAGGGCAUCGAUUUCCACUACAACGAAACAUCGAUAUUCUGGUCACAUGCUGAGAACUUUUCAAGCACCAUUAACGUCAUUACCAACAUUACUGGUACACCGGUUGAAAAUGUUCUGGUAGACACAAAUCUACUAGUAGUUGCCGAUAUUGCCGUGGAUUGGAUAGCCAACAAUCUGUACUGGGUGGAUUCAGCAUGGGCCAGGAUUGAAGUGUUAAGCCUCAACACAAUGUCUCGUGCUGAGAUACUUAGAACUGGGGCAAACACCAACCCAUCUUCAAUCGCCGUGGAUCCAGUUAACAGGUACAUGUUCUGGACAGACCUGGGGCAAACAGCACAGAUCGAACGAGCCUUUCUCGACGGAAGUGAUAGACGCGUCCUACACAACACUAACCUUUUGCAGCCGGUUGGGAUCACCGUCGACUACGAUGAUAUGAGAAUCUACUGGUCCGAUGCCGGGUUGGAUGCAAUUGAAUUCUCUAACUUGGACGGCAGUGGGCUAGCCGGCAGCACUCUGUUCUGGACAGACUGGGAGACAAACUCAGUGUACGCAACACACAAGGACCACGGAUCGGAUCAGACACUCGGACAUUUUAGCACCAUAGCCUCGUUUGCCUCGACUCCUUACGGGAUUGAGGCCAUCCUGGAGAGUAGACAGCCAGAAGCUGAUAAUCCCUGUGAGACGGCAAAUUGUAGCCACAUCUGUCUUCUGACUGGAUCCAAUGAGCAAGGAUUUACAUGCGUCUGUCCCGAUGGCUACAUACUAGAAUCUGAAGUACUGUGCAGAGCAACUGAUGAACCUGGGGCUACACCACCUCCAAUAGGAACCUGUGGUCUGGCUGGCUAUACUACUUGCUGCACCACGGGAUACUGUGCCGGGAGUCCAGGAACGUGCUUCUGCAACCCUGAUUGCGUUGCACUUGGAUCGUGCUGCAGCGACUUUGAAAGCAUCUGCAUAGAAGCCCCUCCCGAGAUGCCUAUAGAUCUGAGUGCUGUCAAUAUCAACCGUACAACGGCUGACAUAACAUGGGUAGUCCCGAGCGUUACGUAUGGCCGGGAGACGUAUAUUGUACGAUAUGGAGUCAGUCUCGACAGCCUUUCCACGGAAACAGAAACAAUCCCUAGUGGACUCGACACUUCGCUGACUUAUCAGUCAUUUUCGGUAACACUCAAAGGCCUCCAGCCGUUUACACAGUACUACUUCAGGGUUCUGGCGACCAACAUACUCGCAACAACCAGCAGUGAUGCAGUUGCCUUUACAACACUGAACAUUGGACCACCCACAAACUUUGAGAUAGUAGCUGCUGGAACAGAAUCACUGAGAUUCAGCUGGGAGCCUCCAUACGACUCGGAUGAUAUAAAUAUUAUUUCUUACACCAUAUAUUGCUCCCCUCAAUUCCACGAUGAAAUAAGUGUUACUGUUCCUAUUGCUGGUACCAUAAUUCUCGAGAGUCAGUUUAUUCCAGGGACCAUCUACACAUGCUCCAUAUAUGCAACAAAUGCUGAUGGAGAUGGGCCUACAGCUGUAGCAAUUGCAACCACACUAGAAGGUGAAGGAUUCCUACCGUUCUUGAUACUCGGUGAUCAGAAGGUGUAUCUGGCAUAUGAGGAUGAUGCUACAUCUGAGCUCAUAGAUAUACCUGGAGGCAUGUCUACAGGAGAUAAAAUCCACACCAGUGCCUUUGUGAGCACAAAUGGAUACAUUUCGCUCGAUCGGAGUGUGCUCUUCUGGGAUGUAGCUCCGUUUCCCACGUCAGAGUACUACAUCAUCAACUCGUACAUGUUUGCUCCGUUCUGGUCUGACAUAGACACUGGCAUGUCGGGCUCCGUGUCGUACGAAUUUUACCAGCGAGGCAGCAGUGACACGGAAGAUGCGAUACUGGACAGAGUGAAUGGAUUUUUAUCCAAUCAAACGGCUUCUGGAUUCAAUGGAUAUUGGAUGAUGGUUGUUUUGUGGAAUAAAGUCCAUCCAUUUCCUCACAGUCGAGGAGAACACAUUCCAGGCAAUCUUGAUAACAAUGGCACAACAACACACGCCAUAUACACUUACAGUUGUGGUCUUAUGGAGUGGUCUGGAUACAAUUCGUAUGCUACAAUUGGCUACAACCUGAACGGAGACUAUGAGAACCACUUCCUCUCUGGAUUACCAGCCGCAUACAGCAUUGCUUGCUCGUCCAGCUCAAAGUGGAACAACCUGGUGUACACUGUCGACAUGACUGGAGUGAAUGACAAUCAGACUCGGCGCUCGACGUGUAUCCUCAUGGCCUAUGAUGAUUUGGAUAUUUUUGCCUCUUUGGACGAUGUCCUUUACUAUCUGGAGUCUUGUCCCUGCUCCCUUAGUCAAGCCGAGGCUGACCCACGUUUUGAGCUCUCCAGUUCCACCAACGAAUACGAUUGCUACGUGCAGCUGAUCCCAUACGAAACAUCUGUACAGGGAUGCUGUUACUCCACAGUAUACCUCAAUGUUACAACUAUCAUUACUACACAAAUAUCUAAAAAUGCAGCGUGGGGGUAUGGAGAUCCACAUUUCCGCAACCUCGACGGAACUACAUUCACCUUCAAUAGCCAAGGAGAGUAUUAUCUGGUACGAGUGGAGCGUGGAAGAAUGAUAGUGUUCUACAAUCAAGAAGAUGUAACUGCCAGUCUAGGAAGUGGCAGUAUACUGAAGGAAGGUGCCGCCCUGAUUCUCAUAGACGAUAAUACCUUGUCUACAGUAUUCUCGAGUGGCCGAGUCACCCAUGCAGUAUACGUCACUCUCAUACCUGGAGUAGAGUAUCUUGCAUAUGCUCUGAAUCUUGACAACUCCCUGACACUAACAACCGGCGGCCUUCUCGGACUCCGUAAUGGCAACAUCUCUGAUGAUUUCACGUACCCCGAUGGCAGCAGCAUUCCAUCUGACUCAUCGGACCAGAUGAUCCAUGAAUGGGGACAAUCAUGGCAAAUUACCGCCGAGGAAAGCCUGUUUCUCUAUGGGGCUGGUGUGAGCACCAGCAACUACAGUAACCCCGCCUUUGUCCCCAGCUUCAAGAGUGACAUUGUAGCAAGUGCUCCUGAUGUUAUUACAACCUACUGCGGAGGCAACCCAGAGUGCAUAUUUGAUUACACGGUGUCGGGGAAUCAAGACGUUGCGAAUGCAACUCUACAGACAAAUCUCGCAUUCACCGAACAAGAGAACCAAGCUUCAAUGUUCCCACCAACAAUAUCGGCAAUGGAAGACUUCUAUAUCACCAUUGGCGAACCUUCAACAUACGAUUUGAGAGUUGAAGACAGUCAGCUGAGUGUGCUGGGAGACCAACCUGAAAACUCUGCUCUAAUUGAAGACAGCAACACGAGUGGUCUCUUCCACUUCAAUUGGACUCUAUCUGACCCAACAGCCGAUCCAAUCACUUUCGUUGCCACUGACUCACAGGGUGGCGUGGCCGUGCUAUCUCCGCGUUUACUGCUCUGUGCCUGUCGGAAUGGCGGAACAUGCACCGAGACCGGUUUCCUGGGAACUCAGAACAAUGUCAUCGUGCUACAGUGUGACUGUCCCGAAGCUUGGACAGGGGAGUUCUGUGCAGAUGACCUCAAUGGGUGCUCUCAGAUAAACUGCUUCCCAGGGACCCAGUGUUCCGACGUUGUUGCACCGCAAGCCGGGCAUGUGUGUAGUCCUUGCCCAUCAGGAUUCCUUCAGGAGCUAGAAAAGUGUGCCGACAUUGACGAAUGCAGCCGACAGGAUACCAACGACUGCCAGCAGAGUUGCACUAACACUUUUGGGAGCUACGAGUGCACUUGCAUCGAGGGAUAUGAACCUGAUCCAAGUGACAUGACUACCUGCAUAGAUGUCGAUGAAUGUGCUACCAGGACCGAUGAUUGUGAACAGAUCUGUACAAACACAGAUGGUUCAUAUACUUGCAGCUGUAUGUCUGGUUUCACUCUUAAUCCUGAUCGGACCACUUGUACAGCACAAACCAUGUGCCCCGAGACAAAUGAGUGCAGCGACAUGUGCACACUGGCUGAUGAUGGUACACAACAGUGUAGCUGCUCUCGUGGAUACGAACUUGUCAACGACACAAUCUGUCAAGACACCAACGAAUGCAUUGACACCAUGCUGUGCGAACAGGUGUGCAACAACACCGAGGGAUCAUUCAGCUGUUCCUGCAAUGGCGGAUACACUAUUGACCCUGAUGGCCGCUCUUGCAACGACAUUGAUGAGUGUGUCAGUGGGCCGAUUUGCCCGGAAGGUCAACUCUGUGAAAACACUCCUGGAAAUUUCACGUGUGUGUGUCCGGAAGGCACUAUGCUAAAUUCCGAAGGGGGUUGUGAAACCAUUCCUGUUGUUGAACCUACAAAGGUGGUUGUACUUCCAAGCUCAUCUGUUGCCCCUACUUCACAAGCACCACCACCGUCUCUGACAUCAACUGCUCCAGCUGUAACUCCAACACCAAAUGCAAGAUACUUCCUCAUAGUGACUAUCCCUGGACUGAGUGUGGAAACGUUCUCAGUUGAAGAAUUUAGGAGAGUUACGGCUGAGAUAAUUUCUGAGUGCUGCAAUGCAAGCUCGGAUCAGUGCCAAGUGAUUAAAACGAAGAGAGAAGUAGUUGAAGUGAACGUUUUCAUCACAAACAUAAAGAAUAGCAGUGACGGAAAUGCCGUAGAGUUUGCUGUUUUUAUUACAACAACACAAGAUGGCUCAAGUCUUCUGAAACCAGAGAGUAUUGAAUCCUGCUUGAAGAGUGGUGAGGACAAGUUGAGAGCUGCCGGUUUUCCUGACCUCAGCUAUGAGUACAGCGUAGCUGAAACUAGCGGAGGUGGUGGCGAUGGUGGACUGUCUGGUGGGGCAAUAGCUGGUAUUGUCAUCGUGGUCAUCUUUGUGGUUGUGGCAGUCGGAGCUGUGGCUGCAUUUAUUCUGUUCCGAAUGAAGCGCCGAGGAAAGUACACUGUCAAUGCACUACUCUCAGAGAGAUUUACUCAGCUUGGCUCUUCAGAUGACAAGCAAGAUUUGUCCGCUCUGAUGCCAGCAGAGGAAGAGGGAGAACUUUAAAAUACUGUAGAAACCUAACUUCUAUAUAUAGCUAUGCAGCUAUUUUUUUCAACCACUUUUAUCUCCAGUGUAGUGCCUACAUAGUUAUUAUUUAAUGUGUUUAUGUAUCUGCUGCUGCCCUGGGUGUUGUUAACGUGCAGCGCG